GGAACGACAGCUGUGAGUGACUGUCAAAGCGGGGAAUGGGACGCAAACAGUUGGAGCCUCCAUUAAUUAUCGAUAUCUUAUUAAUUUCAGAUUAAAAAAAAAGGCAACAUUUAAGUUGGGGGUCUGUGUUUGUUGUCUGUGAGCGUGUGUGUGGGAAAGAGAGAGAGCGAGAGAGAGAGCGAGAGAUGAAAGGGCCGAUUAUUUCUCUCUCCUGGGUGGGAGACAGUGAGUGAGAGUGGAGAGUGAGUAGGAGGGAGGGGAGCAGUCGAAACACGCGCUAAAACGAGCAAACUAAUUCUCAGCGAAGAGCCAGAUAGUCGUACCAGAGCACGGGCUGCAGAGUUAUCAUCAUCACCGUUAUCCAUCACUCGUUUUUUUUGUUGUUCCUCUUCAUCUUGAUAUCCGAUUCGAAUGCUGAGCCUGCGAAGUGUCUUUCCUCAAGUUACGACGCCAAGUGGAAGCAAAGUUUUUCCUCUUUAAUUGGGAUAGCGCUUCCAAAAACGCACCCACGGUUCCCGAUAUCUGCGCCAAUACUAGGUGGAUGCCGCCAUGCCGUUUGGAUGCCUUGCCCUGCGGGAUGGGCGGAACUACAGCAACAUGUCUGACGUCAUUGACAAAUACGAGAUCGGACAGGUCCUCAAAGCGAAGGAGUUUUGUGAGCUGUGCCUGGCGAAGGACAGACAGACAGAGAAGGUGUUUGUCUGUAAGAAAUUCCUGAAGAAAGAUGGCAGGAAAGUCCGCAAGGCUGCCAAGAACGAGAUUAUGAUCCUGAAAAUGGUCAACCACCCAAACAUUCUCCAGCUGAUAGACACAUUCGAGACUCGGAAAGAAUACUUUAUCAUCCAGGAGCUGGCCACGGGAGGAGAUGUUUUCGACUGGAUUCUGGAUCAAGGAAACUAUACAGAGAGGGAUGCCUCCAAUGUAAUCAGACAGGUCCUGGAAGCAGUGGCCUACCUGCACUCUCUAAACAUAGUCCACAGGAACCUGAAGCUGGAGAACCUGAUGUACUACACAGAGAACAACCACAACAAAGUGGUUCUGCGAGACUUCUACCUCUCUAAGUUUGAAAACGGAUCCAUCACGGAGCCCUGUGGAACGCCAGAAUAUCUCGCUCCUGAGGUGGUGGCACGUCACCGGUAUGGCCGUCCUGUGGACUGUUGGGCUGUGGGUGUUAUUAUGUACAUACUCCUAUCAGGUAACCCUCCAUUUUAUGAUGAGACAGAAGAGGAAAACACGGAUCUACACAACCGCAUAAUUUUCUGUCGCAUUGUUGCUGGCGAGUUUGAGUUUGACACUCCAUACUGGGACGACAUCUCACCUGCUGCUAAAGAACUUGUGUGUCGACUGAUGGAGGUGGACCAAAUGUUAAGAAUCACAGCACAAGACGCACUGUGGCACGAGUGGAUUUCAGGCAACGGGGCUUCGGAGAAGAACCUAAAGGACGGAGUGUGUGCUCAGUUUGAGAAGAACUUUGCCAAAGCUAAGUGGCGGGAGUUGAAGAAAGCCAUUCGCGUCACCACCUUCAUGCAACGGCUGAGAAACACGGAAUCAGUGGUUGACAGUUCAGCAGAGGGGCAGGUAGGGGAGGAAAAGGGGGAAGCAGAUGGAGAGGGGGAGCCGCAGGGCAGCAAGGGGGAGAACCAGGGAAAGGGGGAGAGUGAAGACGACGUGACAACCAGUAGUGUCUCUUUAGAAGUAACUGUUGAAAAUUCAACGUCGAGUAUGGCCCAGGGGGAGGGCAGCACCCUCGAUGACCCAACAAGCAUUAGCGUAGGUCCAUCUUUGGACAUUUCCCAAUCAGACACAGAGGAAAGUUUUGUGCAGUCUAGUCAGCUGAACUCUACUCCGAAACCUAAAGAGGUGGGAGCGAAUAAUGUCGGGCCAAAGAAAGAAGCUGAUGAUGGAAGCAGGAGAAUUGCCGCCAAUGUGGGCCUAAAUAAACAGGCUGCCGAUCUCAAGCCAGCCUUAGUGUCGACUACUGACCCCUCGUCAGCAGCCAAUGCAGAAAAGAUCCACAAAACGGCCUCCCCUGGCACUAGCAGCAAAGGGAAGAUCGCUGCUACACUCCAUGGCAAUACUAGCACCCCUGCAGUGGCUGGUGCACCCGAGAGGACUCCUGCAGUGCAGGGGGAAGCCAAAGCGGAGAGCGAUGGGAGUUGGUGUCAGACUCAACUCCCAGAGACAAUGGCAAUCGCUGUUGGCUCUGUCGUGCCAGGGGUGGAGGCUGCAGUGGGUGGGGAUGUAGUCGCAGGGGAGAGGUUAAGGAGCGAUACAAGUCCCAUGGUCAGGAGGGACAGGGAUGCUAGGAAAAUCGACAGAUAUAGUGCUGAGUAUCACCUAGAAGGCACUGGCCCAACACCGGGUCAUGGUUCUUACACAACAGGCACUUCAGCUAGUCUGGGCCGCCACUCACCCCUUUACCAUCCAGAUGUUGGCACGGUGGGGUUAGGGAUGUCGGGGGCCUACGGGAACCCCUACAGCUCCCUGUAUGCAAGCGGAGGAGUGGGACUGUACGGGACGGGGCUGGACCACGGAGGCCGAGGACUCACCGGGACGGGGAGCAGCAGCAGCUCCACCAGCGACUGGCAGAUGGACAGCGUGAUCGAGCAGAUCGAGAAGCAAAUGGCCGCCGUGCUGGAGAAGAUCGAGGGAGACAUGCCGUCGUUACUUGAGCAAAUCAGUGACUGCCCCGCCGAGCCGCCGCGCGCACGGAGUGCGCACGCCUCCCCGGCGACCUCUCGCGGGCGGACCUCCGCCGCUGCCGCCCAGUCGACCACCCCUCCCCCUCUGCCCACCUCUCCCAGACCCCCGCUGCCUUCUCUCCCUCACCUCACCAUCCCUCCUCCGUCCUACCCUCCUCCCUUCCCGCCUACGCAGGCUUCAGGCCAGGGUGGCGGGGAGCUGGAGGAAAGAGACGGGCAAAGGGCGGCUGCUCGCUCCAGCCAGUCUCCCAGAGCCAUGCCUAUGGGCAAGGGACUAUGAAGAGAGCACAGGCCAUGAGCGACACACGCCAUCAUGAACAUUGGAUCUAUUGACACUUCCUCAUUCACAAUAGCAUUUAUGUAAACCCAUUAAUCUGACUCUUGAGGAAAGGUUAGCCAUGGAAUACUGUUUGAUUUGUUUGUGGGCUAUUAUUGUUUCUAUAGAAAAUACACAUUACGCCGGUCAUUAGCUCUUUACUGCAUUGAAAUGCUCUCUCGGCCAGAGGGUGGAUAAAUAAAAAGCAUUGUGGCCGUAACAGAGUUAUGAUUAUAAGGAUUAUUAGACAAUUGCAACAUGCAUAACUAUGCUGUAGGUUACUUUAUAUACAUAUAAGAGAAAGGCGAUCCCUACACAUGCAGACAUUUUAAAAGCGGCAUGGUAUACAAAUACGAGAAUAUAAAGUAAUACAAGGUAUCAACCCUAUUAUUACCGACAGGCAUUUUUUGUACUUAACAAGGUGAUAAACCAAACAAAAAAUAUAUUAUAACUUGCUUUGUCCCUUACAAACUGUAAAUAACUAAAUAUUUUUUCCUGCUAUAUCACUUGACUUUUCAUGGCCAAACUACGUGUUUAUCUGAAUUACGCAAAUCACCUGUCUCUUACGUAUCUCCUUUUUAAAGUUUAUGUAGCCAUUUCCUAGCUCUACCACGAUCUUUGAAUCAAUAGACUACCUGUACAUAAUUAUGGAGGAUUUCAGCUGAUCAAUUGAGCUUUUGUGCUUAUUGAGCUUUUGACAUUCAUAUAUAU